UAGGAAGGGAGGUCUCUCAAAUUAACCAAUAAUUAUUGAUGCAUUGAUUAAGUAGUUAUAAAUAAAUAUAAAUAAAUCACGAUAAUGGCCGAUGAAGUCUCAAAAUACUGAAUUUCGAAAAUUUUUACAUUUAUUUCAGUGUAUAUAUAUUUAAUUUGUUGAUUUCUUUACGAUGAAGAGUAGUAUAGGAAGAAUUGCUAUUGUUAUUGGACUUUUAUCGCUUAUCCAUUCUGGUUUUUCAGCUGCGCAACAUCGCUCCUAUUUGCGUCUCAUUGAGCUGGGAUUUGAUUAUCUUCCUGUUGAUAUAAUUGCUCAAACUUUGUUUAGUCUUAUUCUAACUGCUUGGGGUGUAACAGUAAUUGCUGGCGAUUUCAAAGAAAUUCGAGCUACAACUGAAUUAGAAAACAAGUCUUUUGAAUCAGCAGGAAACAGACCAUCAUUUUAUACUUUCAGUCAUCGAGGAAAAGUUUUAAGUUCUGUCUAUAGUAUUGGAAAUAUAGGACAUUUAUGAUCAUGUAACUUUACAUGUAUUUAGUCAUCAUUUGAUUCAUUCUCUCACGAAAUAUACAAACUUGUUUUGUUGAAUUUUUUUAUCAAUGUUAUUUACUUAUAAAAAUUUAUAAUGGUCAUUCAUAUCUCAUACAUUGCUGGUAAAGUAUGCAUUAUGAUGUCUUGCUAUUACUUGAAAUAAAUAUUUGUGUUAUUGUUUUCA